GGUCGUAUGUCGAUUCUGAUGUUUGCACACCUCUGAGAGUACUGACUCGCAAAGAAAUCCAUCUUCACCCCGAGUGCGAGGGUGAUCUCUGGGCGGCAUUUCUUUCGAAAACACGUGAAGGUCACCGGUCGAGUCCGACCGGGUAUUACUCCUCAACCAUCUUCCACCAUCUCUGCUUCUCGCUUUUCUACCUCAGCUUGAGCAGACCACAUUCAAGCCCGUUUAAAUUAUUCGGAAUAAUGUCGGAGCAGCGAGAAUUCACAAUUGAGGAGGUCGCUCAGCAUAACACGGAAGGUGACCUCUGGAUAAUUAUCGACUCAAAGGUCUAUGAUGUUACUCGUUUCGCAAAAACCCACCCGGGUGGAUCAAACGUUUUGUAUGCUGAAGGCAUCGCGGGCAAGGAUGCUACCGAUACCUUUUUCGGGUUGCACCGGCACGAAGUUCUUCUCCGACCUCAUAAUGCUAGGCUUCAGAUAGGUGUCAUACGUGGACAAGAAGAAUCUAUUCCACCUCCAAUCCCUGGAGCAUUAAGUCAAGUUCCUUAUGGAGAAGCUUCAUGGCUCGUGAAAGGAUAUCAUUCUCCAUAUUACACCGACGGUCAUCGAAGGUUUCAGAAGGAAGUACGGAAGUUCUUUGAGGAGGUGGUUAAGCCUGAGGCAUUGGAUUGUGAGGAGAGCGGAAAGAGAAUUAGUCAAGAAGUUGUCGACAAAUUGGCAGAGGCGAAUCUCAUCGCAAUGAGACUGGGACCUGGCAAGCACCUUAAGGGAAGAACCCUUCUAGGGGGUAUAGUCAAACCCGAAGAAUUUGAUUAUUUCCAUGAGCUCAUCUUGAACGUUGAAAUGUCGCGGUUCGGUACGCGUGGGUUCACAGAUGGUAUGCUUAACGGCGCCGUAAUUGCCCUCCCGCCGAUAUGGAACUACGGCUCGCCUGAGCUACAGGCGAAGGUUAUCCCCGAAGUCCUUUCCGGGAAAAAAUACAUCGCACUCGCAAUUACAGAGGCCUUCGCGGGAAGCGAUGUUAGUGGUCUACAAACCACUGCCGUUAGAGAUGGAGACUACUGGAUCGUCACCGGGACAAAGAAAUGGAUAACAAACGGAUUGUUUGCUGACUAUUUCACGACGGGAUGUAAAACCGAGACGGGUCUGACUGUCCUUUUGAUUCCUCGUGGUGAAGGCGUCGAAACAAAACCCGUCAAGACGGCCUAUUCGCUAACAGCUGGAACUGCAUAUGUGACUUUUGAGAAAGUUCGGGUCCCGGUAGCGAACACUCUUGGAAAAGUUGGGAAUGGGCUAUCCGUCAUUCUUAGCAACUUCAAUCAUGAGCGAUGGAUGGUCACAGGAUCCAGUGUUGGUGCACAGAGGGUAAUCGUGGAGGAGUGUUUGAAGUGGGCGUCACAACGGAUUGUCUUCGGAAAGCCUUUGACUGCUCAGCCUGUGAUCAGAGCAAAGCUGGGAGCGAUGAUCCAGAGGAUUGAAGCCUGUCAGAAUUGGCUCGAGUCGAUAACAUUCCAGAUGAAUAAUAUGUCCUACGACGAAAUGUCGAGUAAACUUGCGGGCCAAAUUGGAUUGUUGAAGCAAUUUGUCUCCAAGUCCGGUCGAGAGACGGCUGAAGAUGCGACGCAAGUAUUUGGUGGUAGAGGAUUGACAACAAGGGGAAUGGGGAAGUUGAUUGAAAAUUAUCAUCGUACAUCAGGGUUUGAUGCUAUUCUAGCAGGCGCUGAGGAUGUACUUGGAGAUUUGGGAGUGCGACAGGCGAUGAAGAGGAUGCCCAAGAAUGCCAGACUUUGAUCAUGGCUUGAUUGUCAAACUGUAUUUUCCUCUUUCUUUAAUGAUCUGAUGUAAAACUAUUACAGUCGGUGUGUUUCUCGCUUAUAUCGACACUAGGUCUCUUUUCGAGGUAAUGCACUAGCACUUCCGGCAAGUUGAAAGGCGCGACGAUACCAGGAAUCUUCGGCUUAUCCUUCAAUAAUAAAUUCACACAAGACGGACGCGCGUUUUACCUCCCUCUUUUCUAGUUUGCGACGUAGUGCAUUGGAGCGUUCGACCCGCUGAUUUCACACCGCUGAACCGUGAGGCCUUGAGGCCUUGAGGCUUCCGUGAAAACGCGCAAAAACAAAAACAAUACUGGGUAGCAUCAACUCCUUCUUUGAACUUCUUUCAAAAUUCGUACGUUACCAGGACCGGCACGCAUGCCGUCUAUGUAAACCAACUUGUCGGUUUACACAAAGAGAUGGCAACGUUAACGGCGUUUUAGCCACACUGGUACUUGGACAUCCAAGGCUCGACUGGGGUCUUUAAUCGCCCGAGAAUUUUUUAGCAAACAAGGCAUACAAAACUCAGCGUUCGGAUGUGAGCUGACUUCUUCUAAACGAGAACCAAGCCCGUGGAAACC